AUGGACACGUUUGUGAGAGUAAAAGGUGGAGCCAGGUACUUGAAAGCAAUAGUGAGUGGAGGACAGAAUGGUCGUUAUCCAAGGCGGCAUUAUCGAUUAGGUCGUAAAGAAAAGUCACUUAAAAAAUCUUCUAAGUACUUGCGGACAGUGCUUGCUUGCUUAAGGUUUAAGUGUUACAAAAUAAAUCCAAACAAAAGAAGCUCCAUGAUUGUGGAGCCAUUAUUACUUGCCCUUCCAAGAUUCACCAAAGGAAAAGGCAAAGCUGCAGGCAACAGCACAAAGAAGGUUUGGUUGUUUUGCUGGGAACCCAGGAAAAAGAAGACUGCAAAAUUAGCUGCGAAAUUAAGGUUUGCGUAA